AUUGGUGGAUUUGGUUCUGUUAUCGAUUUGUCGGUUGCUGGUUUUAGUAAUGCGCAAUUGGUGAUUGGAAUGGACGGUGUUGGAACCAAAAUUGCGGUAAGCCUUCAGUUUUUUCGUCACCGAUAA